GCACCAGCUGCGGGGCAAGAUGGAGGCACUGAUUUUGGAACCCUCCCUGUAUACUGUCAAAGCCAUCCUGAUUCUGGAUAAUGAUGGAGAUCGACUUUUUGCCAAGUACUAUGACGACACCUACCCCAGUGUCAAGGAGCAAAAGGCCUUUGAGAAGAACAUUUUCAACAAGACUCAUCGGACUGACAGUGAAAUUGCCCUCUUGGAAGGCCUAACAGUGGUAUACAAAAGCAGUAUUGACCUCUAUUUCUAUGUGAUUGGCAGCUCCUAUGAAAAUGAGCUAAUGCUCAUGGCCGUUCUGAACUGCCUCUUUGACUCAUUGAGCCAGAUGCUGAGGAAAAACGUAGAAAAACGAGCAUUGCUGGAGAACAUGGAGGGGCUCUUCCUGGCUGUGGAUGAAAUAGUGGACGGAGGGGUGAUCCUAGAGAGUGAUCCUCAGCAAGUGGUACACCGGGUGGCAUUAAGGGGUGAAGAUGUCCCCCUUACGGAGCAGACAGUGUCUCAGGUGCUGCAGUCGGCCAAAGAACAGAUCAAGUGGUCCCUGCUUCGGUGAAGACCCCACUGUUCUGGCUCCUCCCUCCCUUCAAACAUCGCAUGUCUACUGUGACUUCUUACCUAGUCCCCUAAUUGAUACGCUCAGGGUCAUCUUGGGGAUCACAGGGAUCCUUAAAUUUCCAUCCUAUCUGUGGUUGGACCCCCCCAUUACACACACAUUUCCUGUUUUGUCUCACUAU